AUUACCAAACUGGUGAGAAAGCCAUGAGCACCAACACAGAGCUUUCAAGUUUCAAAGAUGAUAUUCUGGCCCUCCGCCAGCAGCUCCAUGAGAUUUCAGAGAAAACGGCAAAGAACAAAGAUACACUGGAGAAGUUACAGGAGUCUGGUAAUGUAUUGGAUGAUCGGCAGAGCCAAAUGAAAGGCGUUCUGGAUAGCAACUCUUUCAUGAUCGUCAGUGUCAAUAGAACACUUCAGGCCUACAAUGGCUACAUCAAUGACCUUCAGGAAGACACAAGCAACAUUCAAACCACUUUGCAAAGCCAACUGCGUUCACAUAAUGUCGUCAUCAUGAAUCUAAACAAUCUCAAUCAGACGCAAGUUCAGCAAAGAGAUCUUAUUAGUGCUUUGCAAAGAUCUGUGGAUGAUACAAGUCAAGCUAUCCAGAGAAUCAAAAGUGACUUUCAAAACCUUCAGCAGGUUGUCCUCCAAGCACGGAAGGACACAGACUGGCUUAAAGAGAAAGUGCAGAAUUUGCAGGCGUUAGCAGCCAACAAUUCAGUUUUAGCCAAAGCGAAUAACGAUACGCUUGAGGAUAUGAAUAGUCAGCUGAACUCAUUCAGUGGACAGAUGGAGAAUAUCACCACCAUUGCCCAAGCUAAUGAACAAAGUUUGAAAGAGCUCCAGGAACGUCAUAAAGAAUAUGAAAAUGGAACAUCUGCCAAGUUCAACCAGCAAGAAAACCGAUUUCAGAGCUUUGAGACAGAUAUUGUCAACAUUAUCAGCAAUAUUAGUUACACUUCCCAUCACUUGCGGACACUGACAAGCAAUCUCAAUGACGUCAGGACAACAUGCACGGAUACUCUUAGCAAACAUACAGAUGAGCUGACAUUUAUGAACAACACAUUAGCAAAUAUUCGCUUGGAUGCUACAGCUCUUAGAAUGCAACAAGAUGUAAUGAGGACAAGGCUAGAUAUUGAGGUAGCCAAUUUAUCAGUAAUCAUGGAAGAAAUGAAGCUGGUUGAUUCCAAACAUGGACAGCUCAUUAAGAAUUUCACAAUCCUGCAAG